AUGAAUGGCGAACACGAGGACGCUGACACGCAGCAACAAGCUGGAGACGAUGUUGCUGUAGCUGGACCCUCCAACUCGAAUCAGAUCAGCACCUCCUUCUUCCCUCCCCCACCGCAAAUCUACAAGAAGUUCACAAAACGCAACCUGAGAUACCUUGAAGUGCUCGAAUCGCACACGCUAGCAGAAGACGAAGCACCUUGGGAUCAGCUCACGUUAUCACAGAGGAUGGAAAGGCAAAAUGCGAUACUUGGACAGCAUCUCGAUAGCGCCAAAGGCAAGACGGAUUCGGAGGGGGAAGAUGUAGAGAUGACAGCAGUUGGAGCGGACGACACAAAAGCAAGGAUCAGAGACCUGCCAGACUUUGAUCUGAAGAAAGAGCUCGAGCCACCAAAUGUAGACUGGAUUGAAGAAGAUGGCGGGUACACAGUGUUUGGUCAGCUAUGGCCCAUUCCUGAUGUCACGCCGACGUUAGAACAACUCGGCAUUCCAGUCCUCUAUCCUCUGCAAGGGACUAACCGCAAAGAGCUUCUGCUAACACUAUUUCAGACACUGCUGCAAACAUACCGCGAGAUCACAGCUGACUUGCUCAAGCCUGCCCAGCCAUACGAUGUCUGGGUACCAGCAGUGCCAGACCCAAACUUGAUGCCAGAAGAGCAACAACAACAAAUGGCGACGCAGCCUGGAUUCUGGACGCAGUCCACCGAAGCGAAGGACCGACUGAAACACAUGCAGAAUGUAGUGGUCAACAUGCAAUUCCUGGUCAACGAGCUGAGACCAGUGCAGGCGAAAGAGACACUCAAGCUGAUCAUGGAGAUGCAAUUGGAGAGGAGGAAGCAGGAAACGCAAUUGAUACGAGAACGGUGCGAAAGCAUGCGAGCACGUGUGGAACAGCUCAAAAGCAUGCUUGCUAAAGCAUCGAGCGAGUCAACCGCCUCCGGUUCUGACACAAGAUAG